AUGGACCCUGCCAACCGGGAUAGACAACAGGCCGCUCCAAAACCUGAAGAUGCACGCUACCUUCACUUCAAGCACUCCCAACCUGGCUCGGGACUGAACAAGUUCUCCUCAACUCUCACUCGAGAACAUGACUUUCCAGCUGCCCAAGCCAUGCUCUACGCUGCAGGAGUGCCAUCAGAAAAGGCACUCAAAACAUUCCCACAAGUGGGCAUCGCCAGUGUAUGGUGGGAAGGUAAUCCAUGUAACACGCAWUUGCUAGACUUGGGCAAAGAGACGAAGCGUGCAGUUGAGAAGCUGGAUAUGCUAGGUUGGCAGUAUAACACUGUAGGUGUGAGUGAUGGAAUCACAAUGGGCAGCGAGGGCAUGCGAUUUUCUCUGCAGACUCGAGAGAUCAUUGCCGAUAGUGUCGAGACGGUCACUUGCGCUCAGGCGCAUGAUGCGUGUAUAGCUAUCCCUGGAUGUGAUAAGAAUAUGCCUGGAGUUAUCAUGGGGAUGGCAAGACACAACCGGCCAUCGAUUAUGAUAUAUGGAGGAACGAUCAACCCCGGCCAUUCGAAACUUCUCAAUAAGACGAUCAACAUCGCGACAAUAUUGGAAGCUCACGGAGCAUACAAUUACGACACAUUGAAGAACCCGAACGACCCCUCCCAAACCAAGGACGAAAUCAUCACGGAUCUGGAGCAAAGGAGUUGUCCAGGCCAGGGUGCUUGUGGAGGAAUGUACACCGCCAACACCAUGGCGACUAUGAUCGAAACGAUCGGACUUUCACUCCCUGGUUCAUCUUCAACACCCGCAACGAGUCCCGCCAAGAUGAGAGAGUGCCAUAAAGUCGCAGAAGCCAUCAAGAUCUGUAUGGAAAAGGACAUCAAACCACGCGACUGUUUGACCAAGAAAGCGUUCGAGAACUCGUUGGUCAUGAUGAUGGCAUUGGGCGGCUCAACGAAUGGAGUUCUGCAUCUCCUCGCCAUCGCUGGUACUGCGGAGGUAGACCUCACCUUGGACGAUUUCCAACGGAUUAGCGACAAGGUUCCUUUCAUCGCUGAUAUCGCACCAAGUGGAAAGUACCUGAUGGUARACCUGUACGAGAUCGGCGGUGUUCCUUCAGUCCAGAAACUGCUCAUCGCUUCUGGUCUGCUCGAUGGCUCCACAAUCACCGUGACAGGCAAGACGUUGGCAGAGAACGUCGAGAGUUGGCCCAGCCUCAAACAAGGACAAGAGAUGAUCCGAAGCCUUGACAACCCCAUCAAAGCCACCGGUCAUCUUGAGAUUCUCUAUGGCAACCUUGCGCCGAAUGGCGCCGUCGCGAAGAUUACCGGAAAGGAGGGCAUGAAGUUCACAGGCAAAGCGCGCGUUUUCAACAAAGAAUUCGAGUUGAACGAUGCUCUCAACCAGGGUCUCAUUCCCAAGACGGAGAACCUCGUCGUCGUUGUCCGUUACGAAGGCCCCAAAGGUGGCCCGGGCAUGCCCGAGCAACUCAAGGCCAGCGCCGCGAUCAUGGGCGCCGGUUUGAAGAACAUCUCCUUGAUCACAGAUGGAAGAUACUCGGGAGCAUCGCAUGGCUUUAUCGUCGGUCACAUUUCUCCCGAGGCUGCAGUUGGAGGGCCCAUUGCAAUUGUCGAGGACGGCGAUGUCAUCACAAUCGAUGCAGAGAGGAAUGUCAUUGAAUUGGAUGUCGCGCCGGAGGAGAUCAAGAAGAGAUUGGAGAAGUGGAAAGCGCCGAGGAUGCCGGUGACGAGAGGUGUGCUUGCAAAAUAUGCGAGAUUGGUGGGAGAUGCGUCGACGGGUGCCAUGACGGAUUUAUUUUAG